AUGAUAAUGAACAGGAUUAUAUUCGGGGCGUUUCUCCUCCUCACGUGCCGGCCCCCGUCCACCCCGCCGCACGAACCGGCGGCCGAACUGUUGCACGUCCUGCCGGGGCUGCACGAUGGUGCGGGUGGUGGCAGCAUCGGGGGCCUGCUGGUCGUCCAGGCGUCUCCACUUGCACAAGCACCACCGCUGGCGGCCGGUGGGGACGAUUCGACGAUCAACCCGUUCAUCCGGUACUGGGAACCGGCCCGGUUCGAUCGCGGACUGCUCGAGCUCGCACACCAGCACCACGAGCAGCACCGGAGGCGACGACGCAGCAUCAAUUACGAGCACAGCUCCGCCGCGUACGGUCCGGCCAACGUUGUGCGGUUAGAUUUCCGCGCUCAUGAUCGAGAGUUCCGGCUGGUGCUGCGGGAGGACCCACGGUCGGUGUUCGCACAGAACGUCCAGAUCGAGAGUACCGACGGUCCGAUGGACUACGAUCUUUCGCGCAUCUACACCGGCAUCGUGGAAGGCGAUGAGCACUCGCACGUCCAUGGGGUGCUGACCAGCGACAACCUGUUCGACGGUACGGUUGUCACGAACCUAGAGCAAUAUUAUAUCGAACCGGCCGCCCGGUACUCGCCGGAACUGGAGCGCCGGCACGGUGUCCAUACUGUGAUCUACAAACUCAGCGACGUUAAGAUACACCAGAACCACCAUCACCACCACCACCAUGAAGGUGGCAGUUCAGCGGAGGAAACUGGCGCGAGUAGCAGUAGCGGCGACCCUCGGACGGGUGCCACUUCCGGCGGGCGUGUGUUAAAUUUAGUAAAAAACCAGUCUAGCGCUAGGAUUCAAUUCAAUCAAAAGUCUGACGACGACGACGGAGGGCGGACGACGACACGCAAGGCGCGCCGGAAACGUUGGCUCGAGGAGGAACUGGUGCAGGAAAGCAGAAACCCUUCGCUGCCGCUGGACCUGGAAGUGCCGUACAACAAUGACUACACGAUAGUGCGCAGCAACGGCAAGACGCAACAACCGGGCGAGGGAGUGGCGUCCCCACCGACCCGGCCCACCAUCAACCGGACGAUCAACCGGGGCAUCAUCGGCGGGACGGGUGGGAACGGGCCACCGAUCCGGGCCCCGACGCCGACGAUAAACAAUCGCAAGAAUCACUUCCUGCUGUACAACGUGUACAAUCCGCACGGCAGCGGAAGCACCAUCAUCACCGGCGGCGGAAUGGUGGCGGGAGGUGGCGGCGGUGCUGGGGCCGGAAGUGAGCAGACGCCGUGGACGCGCCCGGUCAACACGACCGGCACGAGCCACAACAAGGACCACUACGUCGAGAUCAUCACCAAGAACGGAUCGACGCGCAAGAACGUCCCCGUCAGCGACCACCCGGACGUGAUGGUGAACGGCAACAUCAACCUGAACGUGCGGAACGAUCUGCACGACCAUCACCACCAUCACCAUCAGCAGCAACAGCAGCAGCAGCAGCAGCAGCAGCAAAAGUCGCUGGCCAACUCGCUGUACGAUCGGAAGAGCACGUGUAUGUUGUAUCUGCAGGCGGAUCAUACCUUCUUCCAGAAGCUGGGCUCGGACGAGGCGAGCAUCGAGUCCAUCACCCGGCACGUGCAGCGGGCCAACUUCAUCUACUCGAAGACAGAUUUCAACGGUGACGGCAAACCGGACAACAUCACCUUCAUGAUCAAACGCAUCAAGGUGCACAACCAGAACGCGCUGAAAGACCCCACGUACCGGUUUCCCGGCAGCUACGGUGUGGAAAAGUUCCUAGAGCUGUUUUCAGAGGAGGACUACGACGCGUUCUGCCUGGCGUACAUGUUCACCUACCGCGACUUCGAGAUGGGCACGCUCGGUCUGGCCUGGACCGGCGACCUCAAGAAUGCGGGCGGUGUUUGCGAGAAGAACGGGCACUACCGGGGUUCGCUCAAGUCGCUCAACACCGGCAUCGUCACGCUGCUCAACUAUGGAAAACACGUGCCACCGGCCGUGUCCCACGUAACGCUGGCGCACGAAAUCGGACACAACUUCGGCUCGCCGCACGACCCGGAGCAGUGCACGCCGGGUGGCGAGGACGGCAACUUCAUCAUGUUUGCCCGGGCGACCUCCGGCGACAAGCGGAACAACAACCGCUUCAGCCCGUGCUCGCUGAAAGCCAUCGAGCCGGUGCUGAACGCGAAGGCACGCAGCGCCAAGGGUUGCUUCACCGAACCGCAAGAGGCCAUCUGCGGCAACGGGGUGGUGGAGACGGGCGAGGAGUGCGACUGCGGCUGGGAGGAGGACUGCAAGGACUCGUGCUGCUACCCGAUGUCACGCCAUCCGCGCUUCGACCAGAAACCGUGCACGCUGACGCCGAAAGCCCAGUGUAGCCCCUCGCAGGGACCGUGCUGUACGCUCGAGUGCACGCUCAAGCUGGGCGACAAGUGCCGGGACGACAAUGGGUGCCGCGAUCCGGCCUACUGCGACGGCCAGCAGCCCGUCUGCCCGCCCUCGAUCAACAAGCCGAACAAGACGAUCUGCAACAAGGAGUACGUGUGCUAUAUGGGCGAGUGUACCGGCUCGAUCUGCCUGGCGUACGGGCUCGAGUCGUGCCAGUGCACGGUCGGGCCGGCCGAUCCCGCCAUCAAGGCGUGCGAGCUGUGCUGCAAGCAGCCGGGCGAGGACAAGCCCUGCCUCAGCUCGUUCGACUGGAACGAUCCGCCGUACGACGUGCCGGACAUGUACGCCAAGCCGGGCACGCCGUGCAACGAGUACAACGGCUACUGCGACGUGGCGCAGAAGUGCCGCGAGGUCGAUCCGUCCGGGCCGCUGGCGACGCUCCGGAAGCUGCUGCUGUCGGAGGAAAGCAUCGCCAGCUUCAAGCGCUGGAUCUACGCCAACUGGUACACGGUGGCGCUCAUCGUGACCGUCAUCUUUGUGCUGCUGGUGCUGAGCGCGAAGCUGCUGGGCAAGCGCACCAAUCUAAAGCUGAAAACGGUCACCAUCAUCCACAGCGCGACGACGGAGACGGUCCGGCUGCCGGACGACAACAACGGCGUGAUAGUGCACACGGCCGUCCGCACGAAGGUGCCGCUCAAGAAGAAGGUCCGCGGCGAACGCUCGGCGAAGCCGUCCACGAAGGGCGGCCCGGCGGCGUCGAAGGCGACCGGCGUCAGCCACGGCCAGCAGCAGCAGGCAAAGCAGCUGCUGGCGACGGUGAACGGCACGACCACCACUACGACCGCCGUGCUGCCGUCCACUUCGAAGGAGCAGCAGCAGCGCCAGCACAGCUCGUCGAUGGCGACCGGUGGCGUUAACCCCGCCAGCAUGGUCAUCAAGCAGGUGAAGCGGCACGUGGGCCGCACCACGACGACGACGACGGCCGCCACCGGCGACAGCCCGAAGCGGCUGCUCAGGCGCAAGAAGAAGCGCCCGAGCGGAACCCAGGCGGGAGGCGGCGGACCGUCGCCGGACGAGUCGCCGGUGAAGGAGUCGCAGAAGAAACACAAGAAGCCCAAAUCGAAGCAUAAAGAGGUGAUCGACUACUCGAGCCGAAACGCGACGGACGCACACACGCAUAGCAACACGUUUGGGAAGGUGCACCGCUGGUUGCUGGAGUCCCCGAUCGUCUCCACCGGGCAGUCCUCGGCGGGGGCGGGGGCGGCGGCGACGGCCCAGUACGAACACACGCCCGCCUCCGUAGCGAACAUCAUCAGCAAGAGCCAAUCGACGCCGGAUCAUCUAACGCAGCAGGCGGUCGGGGCGGGAGUGGGAGCGGCACAGCAGGCCAGUGCACGGUCACCGAAGAAGACGCGCAUGAAGACGAAAUCGGUGGGCAACCUGAACGAGAAGGUGCGGCUGCAGGUGGUCUACAAGCCGCCGUUCAAGUUCAGCCUCAAGCUCUCCAAGAACGAUCCCUCGUCGGUGGUGACGGGUGUCAAGACGCACGUGGUGGCUGGUCCGGUCGGGGGGAAGCGCAAGAGCCGUCCGACGGCCCUCUCCGAGCGGAAGCGGGUCGGACCGGACGUGGUCGAUGGUCAACCGCGCAAACGCUCGGCCAUCCUCGUGCGCCAACCGGUCACGCCGGAGGAGAAGAUGCCCAUCAUCGGCAGCUCGGAGCCGAACUACGAAACGCUCAAUCCGCGCGCGACCGGCGGCAGUGACGGCGAGUCGCACACGUACGAGAACGUCACGUUCGGGCACAGCGACGAACCGGCGGGCGACCAUCCGGUGCCAUCGAUCAACACGGCCACGUUCCGCAUCAACCGGAGUGCGAGCGGGACGCACCUCCAGAACCACUCGCUCGCGAAGAGCGCGGGAGGGGCGAGUCGGGGUAGCACGUCCAACCUGCACGCCCCCACCGGAACAGUGAAUGGGCGCGAUCGGACGAGACGGUCCAGUGUGCACAACCACCACAACGCCUCGAACGCGUUCCGCUCGUUCGCGGGCGAUAGCACGGAAUGUCUGAUCCGCUCCAGCACGACCAACCUGAGUGGCCUCCGGGCGUCACACGGAGUGACCGGCAGCGGCACCAAGCGGAACAGCUUCGCCGACAAGAAGCGAUCGAGCGCCAGCAACCUUACCCGCCUCCACUCCGGUUCGGCCUCAAACCUGAACUCACUCAAACGGCACGGCUCGUCGAGUCAGUUCCUCGUACCGGACGGUGGCUCCUCGAGCCGUCGGAACAGCGUCACGCAAACCCCACCCGGCCACAAACUGUCCCGCUCGGCCUCGAACGGUCCUUCGGCCACCGGACGACAUCCACCGACUACCGGUACGAACUCCGGCACCCUCGGAAGCCACUCGAACUCCUCGAGCAACGGUAGCGGACAGCAUCAUCACAGCCACCACCAACACCAGCGCCGCAGCAGCAUCGGCACGGGCGGCGGCAAAGGCGGACCCGUACCGCUCGCCCGCCAAACGUCACUGAACGUGAAGCCUAGCUCACCGGGCGCCACGUGCUGGGCCGGACCGGCCUUCCACCAGCCGAGACCGCACACGUCCUCCUGUGCCGACGACAUGCUGCAGCAGCAGCAGCGUCCGUUCGAGUGGCCGAGGGUGGCGACGGCCGGCGGCGCCAACCGGACGGUCGACGAUCCGCUUCCGUCCGAUCUCGAGGUGAUGGUUUCGGACGUCGAGAACCUCGUCAGUGAUAGAUAG